AUGGGCAAGCGUACGAAAAAAGUUGGCAUUUGCGGCAAGUAUGGCACGCGUUAUGGUUCAUCCCUCCGAAAAGUGGUCAAGAAGAUUGAAAUUUCGCAACACGCCAAGUACAACUGCGUCUUUUGCGGUAAGGACACAGUCAAGCGUACCGUGACGGGCAUCUGGCACUGUCGUUCGUGCCACAAGACCAUUGCUGGUGGUGCUUACCUACUUAACACGGCGUCAGCUGCUACUGUGCGCUCGACUUUAGCUCGUCUUCGUAAAAUUCGCGACGAUUCUUCAGCUUAA